CUUUCUGAAAAAGAGUAAGGGAAGAUGAAAGUGCUUUUUGCAUUUUACUAGGAAUCUAGACAAAGGGAGAAGAGGAGAAGAAUUCACUAAUGAGAAGUCAAUAAUUGUCUCUGAUGUGCACAAAGAAUUGUGCAAACACUGCAGCAGAAAGAAUGGCUAUGCCUAAUGACACCCAGUUCCAUCCUUCUUCGUUCCUCCUCCUGGGUAUCCCAGGGCUAGAAGAUGUGCACGUCUGGAUUGGAUUUCCCUUUUUCUUUGCGUAUCUUGUUGCACUCUUGGGGAACGCUGCUGUCCUGUUUGUGAUCCAGACUGAGCAUAGUCUCCAUGAGCCCGUGUACUACUUCCUAGCCAUGUUGGACUCCAUCGACCUGGGCUUGUCCACAGCCACCAUCCCCAAAAUGCUGGGCAUCUUCUGGUUCAGCCUCAGGGAUAUAUCUUUUGAAAGCUGCCUUUCCCAGAUGUUCUUCAUCCACUUCUUCACUGCCAUGGAGAGCAUUGUGUUGGUGGCCAUGGCCUUUGACCGCUAUGUUGCCAUUUGUAAACCCCUUCGGUACACCAUGAUCCUCACCAGCAAAAUCAUCAGCCUCAUUGCAGGCAUGGCUAUUCUGAGGAACCUGUGCAUGGUGGCCCCUCUGGUAUUUCUCCUCCUGAGGCUGCCCUUCUGUGGGCACUAUAUCAUCCCUCAUACCUACUGUGAACACAUGGGCAUUGCUCGCCUGGCCUGUGCCAGCAUCAAAGUAAAUAUUAUGUUCGGUCUUGGCAACAUUUCUCUCCUAUUAUUGGAUGUGCUCCUUAUAAUUCUCUCCUAUGUCAGGAUCCUCUAUGCUAUCUUCUGCUUACCCUCCAAGGAUGCCCGACUCAAAGCUCUCAACACCUGUGGCUCUCACAUUGGUGUUAUCUUAGCCUUUUUCACACCAGCAUUUUUCUCUUUCUUGACACACCGAUUUGGCCACAAUAUCCCUCAAUAUAUCCACAUUUUCUUGGCCAACCUAUAUGUGGUUGUUCCGCCAGCUCUCAAUCCUAUAAUCUAUGGGGUCAGGACCAAACAGAUUAGGGAGCGAGUCCUGAGGGUUUUCCUCAAGACAGAUAGCUAACUAGUCAGAGGUCUUGGAAGGUCUGUUUUAGAUUUCACGUUUCCUGCAUUGUGAAAAUUAGAGUUAGUUACCUUAUGUCUAACCCAGUAGGAAGGAGGAAAAAUUGAGGGGAAUAUUGAGACCAAUAACAUUAAUUGUGUUUGAGUGGCAGGUUUUAUAUUUGAAGUUAAUAAUAUGUGCAUUGAUGAUACCAGAUUGCUAUAAUUGGAUAUCCACAUGCAAAUAGAUUAAUUUAGACCCUUACUUUACAUCAUAGAAAAAAUUAACCUACAAUGGAACAGAGACCUAAAGACAAGAGCUAAAGUAUAAUAACCAACAU